CCCGCCGCAGCGCCACUGCGAUGGCUGAGCCCGGCCGUCGGACGCCGCCGCCCGAAGCCUGAUCGAGGGGAACCUUGGUGACUGAGAAAAUGUAGCGGAGGACACUUGCCAAGAGCUUGGCGUGGACACCCUGGCCCAGACGGAGCAGCUGCCUCUGGGCGUCUUUCUGGCCAUCCAGCCUCACCAUGUCAAAGAAGGGUGCAGGCAGCCGGGCCAAGGGGGACAAAGCAGAGACACUCGCUGCAUUGCAGGCUGCCAACGAGGAGCUGCGAGCCAAGCUCACGGACAUCCAGAUCGAGCUGCAGCAGGAGAAGAGCAAGGUCAGCAAAGUUGAGCGGGAGAAGAGCCAGGAGCUAAAGCAGGUGCGCGAACACGAGCAGCGCAAGCACGCGGUCCUGGUCACAGAGCUCAAGACCAAGUUGCACGAGGAGAAGAUGAAGGAGCUGCAGGCCGUGCGGGAGGCGCUGUUGCGGCAGCACGAGGCCGAGCUGCUGAGGGUCAUCAAGAUUAAGGACAAUGAGAACCAGCGGCUGCAGGCCUUGCUCAACACCCUGCGGGAUGGCGCGCCCGACAAGGUGAAGACAGUGCUCCUGUGCGAGGCAAAGGAGGAGGCUAAGAAGGGGUUUGAGGUGGAGAAGGUCAAGAUGCAGCAAGAGAUCUCAGAGCUCAAGGGGGCCAAGAAGCAGGUGGAGGAGGCACUGACUAUGGUCAUCCAGGCCGACAAGAUCAAGGCUGCGGAGAUCAGGAGUGUCUACCAUUUGCACCAGGAAGAGAUCACCAGGAUCAAGAAGGAGUGUGAGCGUGAGAUCCGCAGGCUGAUGGAGGAGAUAAGAUUUAAAGACAGAGCAGUCUUCGUGCUGGAAAGAGAGUUAGGGGUUCAAGCCGGGCAUGCCCAGAGACUGCAGCUCCAGAAAGAGGCUCUAGAUGAGCAGCUUUCCCAGGCCAAAGAGGCUGAGCGGCACCCAGGCAGCCCCAGACGGGAACUUCCUUAUGCAAGCGGUGCAGGAGACGCCUCAGACCACUCAGGAAGCCCUGAACAGCAGUUGGACGAAAAGGAUGCCAGGCGCUUCCAACUUAAAAUCGCAGAGUUAAGUGCCAUCAUCCGUAAGCUAGAAGACCGCAACGCCUUGCUGUCUGAAGAAAGGAAUGAGCUGCUAAAGCGGCUGAGAGAAGCUGAAAGUCAGUACAAGCCGUUGCUGGAUAAGAACAAGCGCCUUACUCGGAAAAAUGAAGACUUGUCUCACACUCUGCGGCGCAUAGAGAGCAAGUUGAAAUUUGUCACUCAGGAGAACAUAGAAAUGAGGCAGAGAGCAGGGAUCAUCCGGAGACCCAGCUCCUUAAAUGACCUUGAUCAAAGUCAAGAUGAGAGAGAAAUCGACUUCCUAAAGCUCCAGAUCGUGGAGCAGCAGAACCUCAUUGAUGAGCUUUCUAAGACCCUGGAGACAGCAGGCUAUGUGAAGAGUGUGUUGGAGCGUGAUAAGCUGUUGAGGUAUCGGAAACAAAGAAAGAAAAUGGCGAAACUCCCCAAGCCGGUUGUCGUGGAAACCUUCUUUGGAUAUGAUGAAGAAGCUUCCCUGGAGUCUGAUGGAUCUUCCAUUUCCUAUCAAACUGACAGGACGGAUCAGACCCCAUGCACCCCCGAAGAUGACCUAGAGGAGGGUAUGGCCAAGGAAGAGACCGAGCUGAGGUUCCGGCAGCUGACCAUGGAGUACCAGGCAUUGCAGCGAGCCUAUGCCUUGCUGCAGGAACAAGUCGGAGGGACCCUGGAUGCAGAACGAGAAGUUAAGACCCGUGAGCAGCUGCAGGCAGAAAUACAGAGAGCACAGACACGGGUGGAGGACCUGGAAAAGGCUCUGGCUGAGCAGGGGCAGGACAUGAAGUGGAUCGAAGAGAAGCAAGCAUUGUAUCGACGGAAUCAAGAGCUCGUAGAGAAGAUAAAACAAAUGGAGACGGAGGAGGCACGGCUGAAGCAUGAGGUCCAGGAUGCGAAGGACCAGAAUGAGCUGCUGGAAUUCAGGAUCCUGGAGCUUGAGGAGAGGGAGAGGAAGUCACCAGCCAUCAACUUCCACCAUACACCCUUUGUGGAUGGGAAGAGCCCUCUGCAGGUGUAUUGUGAGGCCGAAGGUGUAACGGACAUCCUGGUGGCAGAGCUGAUGAAAAAGCUGGAUAUCCUGGGGGAUAACGCCAAUCUGACCAAUGAGGAGCAAGUGGUUGUCAUUCAAGCCAGGACAGUCCUGACCUUGGCAGAAAAGUGGCUCCAGAGGAUUGAAGAGACAGAGUCAGCACUACAACGCAAAAUGGUAGAUCUGGAGAGCGAGAAGGAACUGUUCAGUAAACAGAAAGGCUACCUGGAUGAGGAGCUGGAUUACAGGAAGCAGGCCCUGGACCAAGCCCACAAGCACAUCCUGGAGCUGGAAGCCAUGUUGUAUGAUGCCCUGCAGCAGGAGGCCGGGGCCAAAGUGGCCGAGCUGCUGUCAGAAGAAGAGCGUGAGAAGCUCAAGGUGGCCGUGGAGCAGUGGAAGCGCCAGGUCAUGAGCGAGCUGCGAGAGCGUGAUGCACAGAUCCUGAGAGAGCGCAUGGAACUGCUGCAGAUUGCACAGCAGAGAAUUAAGGAGUUAGAAGAAAGAAUAGAAACCCAGAAGAGGCAAAUAAAGGAGCUGGAAGAAAAGUUUUUAUUUUUGUUCUUGUUUUUCUCCCUAGCUUUCAUUCUCUGGUCAUAGCUAUUCUUGGCACACUGAACUGCCCUCUGCGAAGGCGGACCUUUGUUCUCUAAUGGGACCAGAGAGCAGCAGGUGCCAGAGAAAUCGUGGGAAAUUGCAUUUCAACACUGAAGACUUGGGCGUGUUUGGGCUCUGUGCCCCGCCUUGUGGAGGAUGAGGGCAAAAGCACUGUGACCUGCAGCCACUGUCCACUUGGGGUGAGCCAGGACUAGAACUGGUCUUGCUGACUAGCACUUCUCCAGGAGAGGUCUAGCUUUGGCUGCUGGUGACUUUCAGCCCAGAGAGUAGGCCCCACCCUAACCACAGCAUUGUGUAAUGUUCCCUGCUGUGCAGGGGUAAGAAUUGCUCCUGUGCUGGAGCCCACACUGGACACCCUCCCCCCUCAUUCCCGUAGUGACCAUCAGUACUCUUGGAAGAAGAUCUCAGAACUGCCCAGACUUGACCUCAAUGGCAAGAUGAAGUCUGUGGUCUCAAUGGUGUCCCUGGGUGUCACACUGUAGUCACUCACUGUGGUCCUGAGCACUUGCUGUUGGACAGACCCCAUGCCCAAGCUUGUUCUGUUACACUGGCAUCUCUGUGAGGACAGAUAGAGUCAUGACCUCCUACUGGCCUCCUACCCUACUCCCAGACACAAAGGCUAGAAUCCUAUCCCCGACUGCUGGCCAGGAACACAGAGGAAAGAUCAGAGAAGAAGUCAGGGAGUGUAUAGGAUGAGUAUGCAGAGGCCUGGCCUCGAAGAGUGUGGAUCAAAGCACAGCCAAAAUAUGGUGGAGUUGUGGCCCUCCUAGCCUGGAAGACCCUCAGCAGAUGGGCCUAGCCUGAGAACCUCAGGUGGCAAGGACAGGUGAUGAAGGUUGCUGAAGAUGGCCUCGUCCACAGCCUGUGCACAUAAGCAACAGUCCAGGAGAGAGGGCGAAGACAAGAUGCACCUAAGGGUCCAUGAGCCUCAGAAGGUAGCCACAGUACAGUGGCCCAAAGAGAGAAAACAGUGCAGUCAUGAGGACGGUUCAAAUGAGAUUUCCCUUAUGCUAGAUGGUACAUCCAGCAUCCAGGAAAGUCUUCCCUUGUACGGACCAGACUGCAUCCUGGUUGGAGGAGGCUCUUCUGUCCUCACCACAUCCCUGCUAGUCUAAGAUUGUCACCCUCUGUGCUGAAAUCAGGAGGGCAUGCGUGUGCAUGUGUGUUCAUGUGUGUUCUUGCUCAAUGAGAAGUCAGUGCCCAGAUUAGAGCCCUUUCAAAGCACCUAGAAGUUGACACAAUGGACAGGGAGAUGUGCGAUCAGGUGUGACCAUUACAUUCAGCAUUGUAUAUUACAAAGCCCAGUAGCCAGGGGGAAGGAAUGAGAGUGCUGUCUGAAAGUAUUAGGUUCAUUUUAUAUUUGUGUCAGGAAAAAUGUUCUACUGUGGUGCAGAUGACCAAGAAAUUAUGGAACCCUAGGUCAAAAUCAGAGAAAAGCUAACAGGAUUAGACACAUGGGCCCCUUCUUCAGUGGCUCCAGGAUUUCUGCUGGAAAAUGCACUAAGUGCUCUUGGUCCUUCCUAUUGGCUAUCCAUGAUGCCCAGUCAUCAUUUCUCUAGUUGAGCCUGACUUUGGGUUUGGCCUUUGGGUCUGAAAUUUUUAGUCCUUAGUGCAUGGUCUCAUCUUAUUUAAAUGACUUCCUUCCCUUGGCCCAUUUGCUGUACUCAGCACUGAAUAGCAGCAAUAGGCUGUAUCAGUGAUGCUGCCAGAGAUCUAUAGGUAAGAGAAACCACUUUGUUAGUGACCGAUGGAUCGUGCAAUGCAGGCAUCUCGAAGCUGUCUCAGGUCCAUGCUCUUUCCGGCCCACCAGUGCUCCUGGCCCAACUCCAAGUGAACUUGUAAGAGAUCAGUAGCUCAUUAGGAAAAAAAAGUUGUACUGGAAACUUACCCCACCUCGCACCCCUUCGUUCCAGUUGGAUCAUGGGUCUGCAUGUUGUGUGCGUGUCUGGAAUACUUCAUGAUACCCCCUGACACUCUAAAUUACAGAACUUUGUUGUUUUUAAGAAAGGCUAUAUAAGAAAGAUAAGCAUGUAAAUAAGUACCAAUGCUCAUUAAGUCGUUACUGUUUAUGUGUAAAGUAUAUGUACAUAGAAAGGAAAAUGGCUCAAUGAAUGUUAGAUAAAAUCCCCAAACCAAACUGCAUUUCACCCAGCUGUAUUCCUGAAAGCACAUGCUUAGCUGGAAGGCUGCUCUCCUCUUUAGAUCUCGUUGUUUUUCAUAAGCACCUUUUUGUCACCUGCUCCCAAAGUCAGAUCUGAACUCGGGGCGAGUAAAUGUGAGCCUCUGUUACCGAAUCUUGCUGCCAAUGAGCAUCUGAAGAGCUCAAGCACUUCAAAAGUAAGGUGCAUUUUCUAAAUCCCAGACUGAAUCUUUUAUCCCAAAUGCUGGGUUGGACAGGAUUCCCUCCCAUGUUUAAGCUUCUGCUGUUAUCCCCUAAAACAGGGCAUCUGUGUGCAAUGGCACUGCCCUGGUGAAGCAACAAGAGGGACCCUGACAUAGCCCCCCCCCCCCCAGGGACUCAAACUGUGCCACUGAGGUGUGGGCCUUGGCUUCAUGUUGCAUGAAGUUAUCAACCCGCUCAUUUUGUGUGCAGGACAUGGAACGGCAUAAGCAUUUUCGUUUGUCUAAACUAGAAAUCCACGUAAACUGCAGAGUCCUUUGUGAACAGCCACGUGGUGUCUACUUUGUUUCUGUGGUCUAGCGUUCUGUUGCUGAAGGCCUAUGGCUGUGAUGGAAGUCUUUGCCCUUGCAGACUCUGUAGCCUUCAGGAAACCUGAGUGCCUUACGCAGCUUGUGAACACCUACUGGGAGUCAGGAGGGAGGGUUGGAGAGUGGCUCUGAGGCACACUGAUAGCUGAUCAGCUCUUGCCAUCACUCCGCCAUUGAACCCUUAAGGUGGGUUGUGUGUUAAAACACAGUGAUGGAUCUAAGUUUAGGCUCAGGAAAAUCAUAUUGUGAAUAUAUGUAUCAAAGCAUAUAUUUAUUGUAUCUUUUCUAAAAAGCUUUACUGUAAACUUAUGCAAAAAGGAGCAGAACUUGGCUUCUUGUGGCAAAGUGCCAGGCAGUAUUUGUGAAGCGAUCCUUAACACACCCCCUCUCAACACACGACCUUUCCGUUCAGUGCUAAACAGUAUUCCCAGGCUUAAACUAGGUUUGUAUUGUGGUCAAUUAUAAAUUUUACACAUAUUUUUGUAUUGUGGUUCCUAUAAUAUAUACCAGAGAAUUUUUACUUAUUUGUAAAUUAUUGUACAGUUUUAAUAAAACUUGUUUUAAAUCCUA